GUACUUCCUGGAGCCCACAGGUGUAGGAGCCUCAGUGCCGCACCCCUACACGGACGUGCUCCUGAAACUGGCAGAAACUGUGGGCACGUUCUUUUAGCCUCCACGCUCGAGAGAAGGAAUGAGGUUGCUAGCCCGCAGACGUGCCAAGAGACAGUUCGGACAAGCCCCAGCAAAAAAGGAUGAAUGUGGGGGUGGCACACAGUGAAGUAAACCCCAACACUCGAGUGAUGAAUAGUCGGGGCAUCUGGCUGGCCUACAUCAUCUUGGUAGGACUGCUGCAUGUGGUUCUACUCAGCAUCCCCUUCUUCACCAUUCCCGUUGUCUGGACCCUGACCAACGUCAUCCAUAACUUGGCAAUGUAUGUAUUCUUACAUACAGUGAAAGGGACACCCUUUGAGACCCCUGACCAAGGAAAGGCUCGGCUACUGACACACUGGGAGCAGAUGGACUAUGGGCUCCAGUUUACCUCUUCUCGCAAAUUCCUUAGCAUCUCACCUAUUGUACUCUACCUCCUGGCCAGCUUCUACACCAAAUAUGAUGCUGCUCACUUCCUCAUCAACACCACCUCACUGCUCAGUGUACUGCUGCCUAAGUUACCCCAAUUCCAUGGGGUUCGUCCUUUUGGCAUCAACAAAUACUGAGGGAAAGAGCUAAGACAGCUCCACAGGCUGGAGAAGGCACUGGACCAAAGGGCUGUAACAUCUUCCCCUUCUUCUCCAUACUAACUGUGUGUCUUAAAAGUCUUGAGAAGUAUACAACCUCUCUCAAACAUCCUG